AUGUCUAUGAGUAAUAUUGUUGUCUUUGGAGGGGAUUCGCACCCCGAGUUGGUUACUAAGAUCUGCGAGAAUUUGGAUAUUCAUCCAUCGAAAGUAGAAUUAGGGAAGUUUUCCAAUGGAGAAACGAACAUUGCUCUACGCGAAUCUGUUCGUGAAAAGGAUGUAUAUAUCAUCCAGAGCGGGUGCGGUCAAGUGAACGACACGUUCAUGCAGUUGCUGAUCUUGAUCAGUGCCUGUAAGUCUGCUUCUGCCUCGAGGGUUACAGCGGUGAUGCCAUACCUAUGCUACUCGAGACAGCCAGAUAUCCCAUAUACUGCCAAGGGUGCUCCCAUUAUCUCCAAGCCCAAGGAGAAUUAUACUUUUGAAUCGCAUCCAGGCACGCCUGUGUCAUCUUCAUUAAUGACGCAGAGACCAGGUGCUGAGAGCUCGUUGAAGAGUUUGGAUAGCGCAAUACGAUCCACUAUUAAUUUGGAAAAUCCGCAGCCUAUCAGAACACCAAACAACAAUGCUACGUCUAACAACAAUUUCGACAUCAAGAAGACGCUAUCUUUUUCAAGAAUUCCUAUGAUUCCCGGUGGUAAGUUACAAAAUACAAGCAAUAGCACAGACGCUGGCGAAUUGUUCAACGCUCAAAAUGCAGGUUAUAAGUUAUGGGUAGUACAAGCCGGUACUUUGAUUGCUCAUUUGUUGAGUGCUGCAGGUGCAGACCAUGUGAUUACAAUGGAUUUGCACGAUCCGCAAUUUCCUGGGUUUUUCGACAUUCCAGUAGACAAUCUCUACUGUAAACCCAUCGCACAAAACUAUAUACAGCAUUGUAUUCCAGAUUAUCAAGAUGCUGUGAUUGUUUCGCCAGAUGCUGGUGGUGCCAAGAGAGCUACGGCUAUUGCAGACGCUUUGGAGUUGUCCUUCGCCUUAAUUCAUAAAGAAAGAAGGUCUCAGUUAUUAAAGGGUCCUCCAGAUGCCACGCUGACCUCGGGUGGUUCGCUACCUGUAUCUCCAAGACCAUUAGUAACCACUUUGGUCUCCUCCCAAAAUAAUACCACUUCAGGUGCCACCGGGGUCGCGGCUCUUGAAAUGAAGAAAACAACUUCAACCUCUUCCACUUCGUCGCAGUCUUCCAAUUCAUCCAAGUUCGUUCAAACUACCAUGCUUGUUGGUGAUGUUAGAAACAAGGUGUGUAUUAUAGUGGACGAUUUGGUGGAUACUUCAUAUACCAUCACCAGAGCUGCAAAAUUACUGAAGGAUCAAGGGUCCACCAAAGUUUACGCUCUAAUAACACACGGUGUUUUUUCAGGUGAUGCGCUGGAGAGGAUCGGUCAAAGUAGUAUAGACAAGCUGAUCAUUUCUAACACGGUACCUCAAGAUAGAACAUUACAGUACCUAGGUAAAGACAGGGUGGAUGUUAUUGAUGUGUCCUGCAUAAUCGGUGAAGCUAUUAGAAGAAUCCAUAAUGGUGAGUCCAUUUCUAUGUUGUUCGAGCACGGAUGGUAG